UAGCUUGAUUUAAAACCUUAACUGCCAAAAACAAAAGAAAAGAAAAUGAGGGCUGAGAACAACACAAGCAGCAGUAAUAGUACUGGUGGUGGUGAGUCAAGAUUGCAUAGCUGGGGCUCUCCUAUGCCUUACUUCUUCGUCAGUCUGGCUUUCAUGUUGGGGCUAAUAGCUACAGUUAUGGUAACUCUGCUUUGCUCCAAUCCGAGACGGCGAGACCAAGACCAGAGCCAGAGCCAGACCCAAGGAAGAGAACUAAUGGAGGGUGAGGAGCCUAAAAUUGUAGUAAUCAUGGCUGGGGAUGACAACCCUACAUAUCUUGCUGAACCUACACAUCCCACAUUCAACAAUGAUCUUUGAUUCUUCUCUACAUCUUUAUUUUGUUGUUUCUGUGAUGCUUCAUAACUCUUUUAAGUUUCUAAUA